AGAACUGGAGUCAAAUCUAAAAGCCUUACGACGCGCCACCAGAGAGACAACUCGACUGAGGAGCAAAACUAAAAGCCAUUGAAAAUGAUGAGCCUGCAUGGAUUCCAGCCUUCCCUCAGCUCAUUCAUGGGAAUGGACUGGCCAGUGCGCAGUCUCUGGCCGGAGAUCACAUCUCUUUACAGACAUGGAAAAGAACUGCAGGAGCUGAAGAGAAGCCUAGAGCAGCUGGGGAAAUUUCAGGAUAAGAUCCUUGAGGAGAUCCAGCUGAUGCCACCCUCACAGGAGAUCUACCCAGUGGCCUGCACAAUGGAGAAAGAAGGAAGCGGCUUUGCUUUGACGCUGGACACUAAAGACUUUUCCCCAGAAGAACUGUCAGUCAGACAGGUGGGCAGGAAGCUGCAUGUCAGCGGAAAGAGUGAGAAGAAGCAGGAGGAUGGGAAGGGCUCGUACUCUUUCAGAACCCAAGAGUUCAGGCGGGUGUUUGAUCUUCCUCAAGGAGUGAAUCCUGAGGCGGUGACCUGCUCCAUGGCUGAUGGAAAGCUCUAUAUACAGGCACCAGUAAAUCAGCCGUCAGAUGCGGCUGAGAAGAUGCUGCCCAUUGACUGUCAAACUGUGAAGACAACGCAGCCGGAGACAGCCGACACCAGCACCACCCAGACGACACUCAACAAUCCUGAAAGCACUGAGCACAGAGUACAACCCUCUGCUGGACAAUCUUAAAUAAUGAUGUUUUGUUUUAUUUAAAAACAUUGUGUUGUACUUAAUUGUUUUCUAGUCUUUAAGUAAUACAAAUGAACAAAAAG